AUGUCGCCCUAUAUCGAGGGUUCAGCAGGUCCCAAGCAGCGAGUCUCUAUCCCGGAAGCACCGAUCACCGAACAGUACAAAGCGCAUGCGCCUCCCGCAGACACACAACUGGUCAACUCUGGCAUCGCGCAGACGACGUACGCUGCCACGUCAGAAUGUCCCUUUGGCACGACCAAGGGCGAUUGGGCAGCGAAGCAUCAGCAUCAGACCGUGCUCGAACAACACUGUUCGUUCUUCGACCCUGACGGCGACGGCGUGAUCUGGCCCUCGGACACGUACCGAGUGUGCCGGUCGUUCGACUGGAAGAUCUUGACCUCUCUCUUCUUCACCUCGUUCCUGCACAGCGUGCAAUCAUACAACACGCAGCCUGGAUUCCUCCCGGACCCAUUCUUCCGCCUGUACGUGAAAAGAGCCUACAUGAACAAACACGGCAGUGGGACGGGGACGUUUGACUCCGAGGGCAGGUUCCGGCCGCAACCGCUGGAGGACUUCUUCACAAAGUUCGACCGUGACGGGAAAGGCGGGCUGACGAAAUGGGAGUUGUGGCAUGGCCUGCGGCGGACCAGAAUGGCGUUCGAUUUCUUUGGUCAGGUCUCGGCCAUGUUUGAAUGGGGCUUCGCUUGGGUCUUGAUCUGGCCCGAGGAUGGCAUCUUGAGGAAGGAGGAUGUCAGGAGGUUGUGUGAUGGGAGUCUGUAUCAAGAGAAAGUGUCCAAGAAGCAAGAGCCGGGUGUCGAGCGUGCCUCGUCCGACAGUGAUCUGAAAGGACAGCCGAGUGCCAAGUCAAAGGCUCAGUGA